ACUCUCCUGAAUUAGCCUCCCCACUGAGACGAGCACAACAGGAGCAACACGUAGUCCAGUGGGUUCUGUUUUCUGGCCUUUACAUCCACGCACGGAUCAGAAUGUUUGCAGCAGCCACUAAGAACUUUGUGAAGCAGGUGGGAGACACGGGGAGGCUGGUCCCGGUACCGAGCCUGAGCGAGGCCGACCGCUACCAGCCGCUCAGCCUGGUCACCAGGAAGAGAAAGAGGCAUUUCUGGAAGAAGUACAAGUACGCAUCUACCCCAUUUUCUCUCAAAGACAUCCUGGUGGGGGAAAAAGAGAUCACAGCAGGAGUGUCUUCUUAUCAGCUUCUGAACUAUGAGGACAAAUCCGAUGUGGCGCUCAAUGGUCGUCUAGGGAACCACAUCAUCAACGACGUCGGGUUCAACAUCAGCGGGUCGGACUCGGUGGCUGUCAAAGCCUCGUUCGGCAUCGUGACCAAACACGAGCUGGAGGUUCCCACUUUACUGCGAGAACUCAACUCCAGGAAGGUGGACCUGGACCACUGCCUGAUUCGUCAGUCCAAAGACAGUCGUCGCAGCGUCCUGUGCGUCGUGGUGGAGAGUAUUCGUACCACCCGUCAGUGCUCCCUGACCGUCCACGCUGGCAUGAGGGGGACGACCAUGAGGUUUCAGAUCGACGACGGCAGAAACCCCAAAGGUCGAGACAAGGCCAUCGUCAUCCCGGCUCACACCACCAUCGCCUUCAGCAUCUGUGAGCUGUUUGUUCGGCUGGACGGGCGUCUCGAUAUCUGCGUAGCUCCAGAGUCUCAGGGUGGAUUUGAACGUGAGCAGAUCGGUGAGCAGCUCGGAGGUUUCAUCGGUCGGUUCUCGAUGGGUCGACUGCGCCGCUUUCUGUCCGGAAUCAUCUACGGAAACCCGUUCAGAGCUGACGACCGGACCUUCGAGGAGCUCACCCACUCCGACACCUACAUGGACGACAUGGUGACCGACUACUACGAGAAGGCGGCCAGCAUGACGGACGUGUCGACCGCCUACCUGAGGGAAAGCUCCCACACCCGGGUCAACCUCCUCAAACACAACAUUCCCAAAGGGCCCUGCGCCCUCUGCGGGAUGGGAAACCAGCGGCGGGAAACCGUCUAUGGCUGCCUCGAGUGCUCCAGCGGCAGCCAGAAGUACGUCCGGCUGCACGUGGUGCCCUGCUUCGACCUCUGGCACAAAACCCUGAGGUGAAAAACCGACGAGGCGUCACCAAUAACGGCCUCAACACGCUCCUUCAGCAGCCAACCGUUGAGAAAACAAACAGAGACUGGAUGUUAUCUCUCUGGGACAUUUCCACACGUGUGCUGUUUGUUCUGCAGCUGAUGAAUUAUUGAGUCGGGGGAUUGAAGCUGGACAUGAUGGAUCAUGUGAAGGAGUCGGCCUGCUUUAGUUCAGCUCCAAGUGUGUCACUGAUUUAGAGUUUUACUGUUUACCUCUAACAUGAUCAAUGUAA